UUUUUUGCAUUUAAAAUAAAUAAUUCAAUAUAAACAACGUAUUUUAAUUAAGUAGUAACUAGCAUUUAGUAAUUUAUUAACUACAAAGUACUUAACUUACGACAACACGCAUUCAAAAACACGCCAAAAAGUAGACUCUAGACCGCUACCAAUACGAGAUAUAACAACAACAACAACAACAACAACAACAACAACAUCAACUGAUAAUAUAUUAUUGAUAUAAAGCAACAACAACAAGAAUAGCAACAACAUCAACAUGCAUACAACAUUUCUUAGCCUUCUGCUGUUGCUGCACUUACUCAGCCGGCUGGGAUGCUGCCAGGAGCAGCAACUGUUGCUGCCAAGCAUUGAGAGCAAUGUCAACAUGCAGCAGCAACAUCAACAUCAACAGCAACUGCAACAUCAGCAGCAGCAACAACAACAACUGCACAGCAGCAACAUCAACAGCAACCAGCAACAGCAACAGCAGCAGCAACAACAACAACAACUCUUAGGCAAGCCCAGCCAAAACAGCACGCUGCUCAACACGCUGCUCGGCCCGAGUGCUGGGCAAUUGGGCGGCGCCGGUGGUGCUGCCAUGCCGCUGCCCGCCGGUGGUGCUGCCAUCAAUCAGCUGGGCGGACUGGCCGGCCUGGGCAGCAGCACGGCGAGCGCGCCAGCAGCAGCCAAUGGCAUCGGGAUGGGCAUGGGCAUGGGGCAUGGCAUGGGACAUGGCAUGGGUCACGGCAUGGCACACGGCAUGGGACACGGCAUGGGACAUGGCGUCGGACAAGGACACGCGCUUGGACAUCAGCUGGCGGGUCUGGCUAAUUUGGGCAUCAUUGUGGGCGCCAAAGGCAUGCCGGGCAUGCAGGGCAGCCUGGGCGGCUACGGGGGCACCAUGCUGAACUCUGGCGCCGCAGGAGGCGCGGGUGCUGGCGGAGCAGGAGCGGCAGCAGGAGGCGCAGUUGCCAACGGCGGCGGCGGCGGCGGCAUGGAUAUGCAGAAUCAAUACGAACAUUUCAUCUCGGAGCACACAGUCAUGGCCGUUUUCACAUCGCAGGGCCAGGUGGGCGGCCCGUGUCGCUAUAUGCCUGCCACACGGCGCCAGAAUCAUCAGUGCCGCAAGGAGACGGGCUUACCGGCCACAUUAAGCGAGGCACGACGCUUGGCCACCACCCACUGUGAGGAUCAGUUCCGUUACGAUCGCUGGAACUGUUCGAUCGAGACGCGCGGCAAGCGCAACAUAUUCAAGAAACUCUACAAGGAAACGGCCUUUGUGCAUGCGCUCACAGCGGCAGCCAUGACCCACUCGGUGGCACGCGCCUGCGCCGAGGGCCGGAUGACCAAAUGCAGCUGCGGGCCGAGCAAACAGAAUCGCAUGGACCAGGACUUUCAGUGGGGCGGAUGCAACGACAAUCUGAAGCACGGCAAACGCGUCACGCGCAAGUUUCUCGACUUGCGCGGCGGCGAUGGGGACGAGGUCACUGAGAUAUUGCGACAUGACUCUGAGGUUGGCAUUGAGGCCGUCUCCACGCUGAUGAUGGACAAGUGCAAGUGCCACGGUGUCUCCGGCUCCUGUUCGAUGAAGACCUGCUGGAAGAAGAUGGCUGACUUCAAUGCCACGGCCACGCUGCUGCGCCAGAAGUACAACCAGGCCAUACGGAAGGCGCCCAACCAGCGCACCAUGCGCCAGGCCCCAUCGAGUCGCAUGAAAAAACCAAAGCAGCGACGUAAGAAACAGGAGCAAUCGCAGUACACAACGCUGUAUUAUUUGGACUCCUCGCCCACCUACUGCUCGGUGACCAAGGAUCGCCAGUGUCUGCAUCCCGAUAACUGUGCGAAUUUGUGCUGUGGGCGUGGCUAUACCACACGCGUCUUUAAACAGGUGGAGAAUUGUCGCUGCCGAUUCAGCAAUGGCCUGUGCUGCCAGCUGAUCUGUGACUAUUGUCAGCGCUUCGAGGACAAAUACUUUUGUAAAUAAGUGGGCAAGCCCCACCAAUGAUUUCCUUUCGAGCACUGUAUCUCUGUAACUCUAUCUCGCUCAAUCUGUCAAUCUCUCUCUUCCUCUCUCUCUCUCACUCUCUCUCUAUCCAUCUAACUAAAGAUCUGUCUCUAUCGAAGGAUCACGCUCUCUUUGUACUUUUUAAUUGUAAUUUGUAAAGUUUUCUUUCGUUUUUUGCUUGUAUUUUGUUCCAUUCCUAACUUGAAAUCAACUUUGAUGAAAAUGAUAAGCAAAUACGAAAACGAUAUGAGAAAAGGAUAGAAAUGCCAACAACACAAACAAGAAUCAUACACUACACAACAUACACACUUUUUCUCUCUGACGCACACACAUGCACACACUUGCAUUCACACACACCCACACACAUAAAUAUACAAGCAUAGACCUACAUUUAUAUUAUAGAUAUUAACAUAUAUAGUAACAGUUAGCUGCCGUCGCAUUCAGAACAA